UCGGGCCGGCGCUGCGCGUGGCUGCCAUGGCGGCCGGGGAAGCAGUGGCGUCGGGGCUCCCGGGGGUCGCCGCCGCCCCCUCGCCCGCCGGGGCCCCGGCGCCCCACGAGAAGAGCCUGUUCCGGCCGAUCAGCGCCGAGGAUGAGGAGCAGCAGCCCACCGAGAUCGAGUCGCUGUGCAUGAACUGCUACCGCAACGGCACGACGCGUCUCCUGCUCACCAAGGUGCCAUUCUUCCGAGAGAUCAUCGUCAGCUCCUUUUCCUGCGAGCACUGUGGCUGGAGCAACACGGAGAUCCAGUCGGCGGGCCGGAUCCAGGACCAGGGGGUGUGCUACACGCUGGCCGUCAGGAGCCGGGAGGACCUGAACAGAGAAGUAGUGAAGACGGAUUCGGCCACCGCGAGGAUCCCCGAACUGGAUUUUGAAAUUCCUGCCUUCAGCCAGAAGGGAGCUCUGACCACUGUGGAGGGAUUAAUCAGCCGCGCCAUCUCUGGCCUGGAGCAGGACCAGCCGCUCCGGAGGGCAAAGGAUGUGGCCGUGGCCAAAAGCAUCGAUGAGUUCAUUGGCAAACUGAAAGAGCUCAAGCAGUUGGCCUCGCCUUUCACUCUGGUCAUCGACGAUCCCUCGGGGAACAGCUUUGUGGAAAACCCACACGCUCCCCGCAAAGACGAUGCCCUGGGGAUCACACACUAUAACCGGACUCCGCAGCAGGAGGAGAUGCUUGGGCUCCGGGCAGAUACGUCAGGAGGGGAGCCGGAAGAGGAAGACCUCCGAAAUGAAGUGCUGCAGUUCAACACAAACUGCCCAGAGUGCAACGCUUCGGCUCAGACCAACAUGAAGCUAGUCCAAAUCCCACACUUUAAGGAGGUCAUCAUCAUGGCUACCAACUGCGAGGUCUGCGGCCAUCGUACCAAUGAGGUGAAGUCGGGAGGCGCGGUGGAGCCUUUGGGCACGAAGAUCACCCUGCACAUCACAGACCCCUCGGAUAUGACCCGAGACCUCCUCAAGUCUGAGACGUGUAGUGUGGAGAUCCCAGAGCUGGAGUUUGAACUGGGCAUGGCUGUCCUGGGGGGCAAGUUCACCACCCUGGAGGGGCUGCUGAAGGACAUCCGGGAGCUGGUGACCAAGAAUCCUUUCACGCUGGGUGACAGCUCCAAUCCAGACCAGGCGGAGAAGCUGCAGGAGUUUAGCCAGAAAUUGGACCAGAUCCUGGAGGGGAACAUGAAGGCUCACUUGAUCAUGAACGACCCAGCAGGAAACAGCUACCUGCAGAACGUGUACGCCCCCGAAGCAGAUCCCGAGAUGAAGGUGGAGCGCUACCAGCGCACAUUCGACCAGAACGAGGAGCUGGGGCUCAACGACAUGAAGACGGAGGGCUACGAGGCGGACCAGGCUGCGCAGCGGUAGCGACUUCUGAACUGGACCAGCAUCCAGGGCUCGGAGGGCAGGGGGACCAGCAGGGAUCGGAGAGACAGGCCGCGCAUCCUCCACCAGGCCUUGUCGACGGUGGAACAUCCAGUCUGAGUCGAGCCCUCGGAGUGUCCUGGAACUUUUCUUAGAGGUUUUGCAUCGGCCUGGGAGGAAACAAGAAGUGAACCACGGGGAAAGUCAUCCUUGCUCCGUCCCUACCAAGCCCCUCCCUUCCCCGCCCACCACAUGCUGUCCUCUUGGUGACCACUCUGAAGUUGGAGCGGAGCAGCGCCGAUCCCCUUCGGAGAUUGGGACCUGGUUGGGGGGUGUAUUAAACCCCAACUGUCCAUGGCACUGGACUCCAGAACUGAGGGUGGCCGGGAUCUCAUUAAAACCACAACAGCAGCGGCACGCACCU